AUGCCCACCAAUCACGUUCCGCCACCCCAAUAUACUCCGAUCUCAACAUACUCCCGCCUCCCCAAACCAGCCACCGGCGAAGACGGCUUCUUUUCUGAAACCCUUUCAUCUGCAACCACCAUCCCAACCGUGCACACAUUCAAACUCGAGCAUCUGCAACCAAAUCUCCCCUCCCAGCCUCCCUCAUGGCCGUCGCCCACCACUCCCCCGGAUUUGAUCCCCGUUCCCGGCGCUGAUCUGAUCAUGCGGCUUGAACUUGCUACUCCCGGGGUUUGCGGCCACCCGGCCACCGCGCACGGGGGCGUUCUGGCUACGGUGAUUGACGAAGCUAUGAGCUUAGGUGUUACACUUUAUGCGCCGGAGGCGGGGGAGCAAUAUGAUCCCACUGCUGUGGGUACCGCUUCUGCUACUAGAGGUGUGCCUGGCGGCCGGAUCCGCUCUAAGAUGUUUACAUCGCAAUUGGAUAUUCGAUAUAAGAGGCCAGUUUCGGUGCCCGGCGAGAUCGAGGUCAGAGUCCAGGUGCUUGCAAAGCAGGGAAGGAAGUUGUGGGUGAAGGCGCAAGUUGUUCAGAACGGACAGAUAAUGGUGGAUGCGAUGGCAUUUUGGUUGCUGACUUUGGCCAAGAGUGUCUUAUGA